AUGUUGGCUGCGUACUACGGUCAUGCGGACGUGGUCAAGCUCCUGAUCCAGCAUGGAGCUGACCCCAACAGACUGAAUGACAAGCGUCAAAGUCCCAUCGCGGGCGCUGUCUUCAAGGGCCUGGAUGCAGUCCUCCUGGAGGGUGGUGCUGACCCAGAAUAUGGCAAGCCAUCAGCGAUCCAGUGCCUCACAAUGUUCAACCAAGAGGGUAAGUGGAAGGACAAGUUCGAGAACGCACCAGGAAGAGGAAAGGCAAAGGCAGUGCCUCAGGAUCAGGCGGAGGAGAGGGCCCCCGAGAAGUUCAAAGCAUGA